GUCGUUUGACGAGCGGAUGCACCCCUGGGCCGAGGACCCCAAGACCGUCGGCGCGCUGGCCGGCACUCAGCUGGCCAUCCUGGCAUCUGCGGCCGAAAAGGCUGAGGCCAGCAAGCAGAUCAAGGACGAUAUUCGCAAGGCUGGCGCGAUACCUCCCUUGGUAGAUUUCCUCAAGUCCGAUCAGAAUGACCGCGUGCAGACUGCCGUGGUCGCCCUCAGCUUUCUGACAGCAGAUUGCAAGGAAAACGUCGUGGCAGCCUACGAUGCCGGUGCCCUAGAGUUGAUGUUGAAACUCGUCGACUCAAAGGUGGCCGGAGAGAGGGCUGCUGCAGCAACCACCCUACGAAACAUCUGCAUGGAGAACGACGAUUACCGGAAGAAGUUUGUGGACCUCGGAGGCAUUCAGGCCUUGGUCAACCAGCUUGACACGCCCCCAGACCCAGCACUGAACCAUGCAGAUGUCCAGCUUGAGGCCGUCCUGAACCUGCAGGACAUGGUCGAGACUGAGGAGGGCGAGACCAUCCCGGAGUACGCAAAGCUAGCGAUAAAAGCCGGUGCCAUCGAAAAGCUCCAG